AAUAACUCGUCUAUUUUUAGCAGGGCUGUCUAAGGCUGCCAUGUUGCCUGCGAGGUAAGUGCUUGUCCGCCCCAAAGGAGAUACUGCGGCACUGACUCACGGUCCUCUCUGCACGGCGUGAGGCUUUCAGGUUCACCGUGUUGCUUAAUUAGGACAUCCCGGAAGAGUCACGGUGCUGUGCGCAGCUGAGUGACGGGGCAGGAGGGGGACUUGCACGGCCGCAGCACACAGCCACGAAUCCCGGGAUAUUGACAGUCCCAACAAAACAUCAGCUGAAAUUUACUGUGGACCAGAGGAGUGAGGUUUGUCACCAUGGAAGGUUUAAUGGAGAGGCUGGAGAGAGCUGUGACUCGCCUGGAGAAGAUGUCCGUCACGAUGCAGGCGUCCAGCGGCAUGGCUAACGGGGGCUGUGUCAAUGGCAUCGAUGGAGGUUUGUCUCAGUGUGUGGAGGCCUUUGACCUCCUACUGAGAGGUCCGAUGUCCGAGUACAUGAACAACAGCCGAGCCAUAGGAAGCGAGGUGGAGAAACAUGCGGAGAUGGUGAACAACGCCCUGCAGACUCAGAGAACCUUUCUCAAAAUGGCUGCCAUGCAUCAGGAACCUGCACAGCCGGAGCUGCAUGACCUGCUGAAACCAAUUUCGGAUCACAUCCAGGAGAUCCAGAGCUUCCGUGAACGAAACCGUGGCAGCAGCCUCUUCAACCACCUGUCAGCCGUCAGCGAGAGCAUCCCCGCUCUAGGCUGGGUGGCUGUGUGUCAGAAGCCGGGGCCAUAUGUGAAGGAGAUGAAUGAUGCUGCUACCUUCUACACCAACAGAGUACUGAAGGACUACAAGGAAACCGACAGACGUCACGUAGACUGGGUGCGUUCCUACUUGUCGAUCUGGACCGAGAUGCAGUCCUUCAUCAAACAAUACCACUCUACAGGACUGGUGUGGAGCAAGAGUGGCCCCAUCGCGCCUCCUUCUCUCUAUGACCCCCCCAGGGCUCCCUCCUGUCCACCUCCCCCUCCUCCCCCCGGCCCACCUCCGGUCUUCACUGAUGAUGACUCCAAGCCUCAGGCGGGCAGUGUGCUGGCCCAACACUCAGAGCUAUUUGCCCAGCUCAACCAGGGCAUGGACAUCACUAAAGGUCUGAAGCAUAUAUCAGAUGACAAGAAGACCCAUAAGAACCCCAAUCUGCGUUCGCAAACUACACCGACCAAAACAAAGUCCCCAGGGACUGUGAACUCGCCCAAGGCAGCCAUCCAGAAAAAAACCCCUCUGCUGGAGCUGGAGGGGAAAAAAUGGAGGGUGGAGUACUUUGAGCAGAAACACGACCUGAUGAUCGAGGAGACGGAGCUAAAACAAGUGGUUUACGUCUUCGGCUGUAACAACUCCACCCUGCAAAUCAAGGGCAAAAUUAAUUCCAUCAUCAUAGACAACUGCAAGAAGCUGGGAUUGGUUUUUGAAAACGUAGUCGGGAUUGUGGAGAUAAUCAACUCAAAGGCAAUUCAGUUACAGGUGUUGGGAACAGUUCCCACCAUUUCCAUUAACAAGACAGAGGGCUGCCAGGUCUACCUGAGUAAGGACUCCCUCAACUGUGACAUCGUCAGUGCUAAGAGCUCCGAGAUGAACAUCCUGGUACCACAAGAUGAUGAAUAUAGGGAGUUUCCGGUACCGGAGCAGUUCAAGACUGUUUGGGAUGGCUCCAAACUGGUGACAGAGCCCACUGAGAUCGCAGGCUGAUUAAUGCGUCCUCACCACUAGCACACAAAGCGUCAUCACCAUUGAUUUAAAUCUCUCCGUCCGAGAUAUACAAGGGAUUGCUGCAACAGAUUCACUUUUGGUCCGCUCAUUGUUCCUGCAUUUGUGAUUUCAUGUCUUUCUAGCACUUUGAAAGCUGUUGAUUAAGGUGAACCAUUAAGUAGGUUGAUUAUCCCUCUCUUCAAAACACAUCCCUACAGAAUAUAUGGAUAUCUCAGGCUUAAGUCCCACAAACUGUAAUGUAUUUACCUUUUCUUACAUUUCUGUGCCAUGGCAAUACAAGCAUUUGUGUAAUAGAAUAUGUAACUGUUGAAAUAUAAGCAAUUAUAUUUCAGCAUCAUUACGACUGUACUCUAUCUACAUUCACUGUAUGAGAGUUGAAGCACAGUUUAGACCACAACAGCAGUUUCACAUUGUUUUACAGAAAAGGCUAUGCGCAUGCAUAUAUGACAUUCAGUGGCCAACCAGACGAUAAUAAAUUAAGUGUAGGACUAUUGGUAUAUUUUCUAUCUAAUGAAACGUGUCUUAGUUUCUUUAAAUGCGUAUAGUGCAUGGUAGUCAUGUAGCACUGUUGCACUUAUUGAGUGAAGUUUAUGCAUCACUGCUCACUAUAUUUUGCAUUGACGGCAGAUAGUGUAUGUACAGUAUAAUCAAUCAGCUCAGACGAAUGUAACAAUGUCAGGUGUUCUGCAGAAGGUAUUAAAUCAACUUAAAAAUAGUAAACUU